GUGAUGUAGUGACCAAGGAACACGACAAUCAAUAUGUGCAGUUGUCCCAGGACAUUGUCGAGUUGGACCUUGCGGACAAUGGGCCAGACUCCUACUUGACUGGCCAUCAAAUUCAAGGGCGGAUACUGUUCCCUGCGGCUGGAUAUAUAGUCCUUGCCUGGAAGUCACUGGCAAAGCGCUGCGGCAAGCCUCUCUACAAGGUUCCUGUGGUUCUAGAAGACGUCAGAUUUCACCGAGCCGCCAUUAUGCAAAUAAACGGUACCACGCGCUUCAACGUCACCAUUAUGGAGGGAUCGGGUCAGUUCGAGAUCUCUGAGGCGGGGGCAGUGGCAGCUAGCGGCCGUAUUAGAAUGGCUGGAGAGAACGAGAAAAUCAUCGACAUGGAACCGCCAUGCCCGAACGCCGCUGAUAUCGCGUCUUGCGAUCUCGAUGCCGAAGACGUCUACAAAGAGCUGAGACUUCGUGGUUGUGAGUACUACGAUCAAUUCCAAGGCAUCCUCAAGGCCAACAUAAAAAGGCCGAAUGGCAUGCUCAAGUGGGACAACAACUGGAUUACAUUCAUAGACACAAUGAUUCACGGCAGUAGUCUUGCGUACCCCAAACGAGCCCUGAAGCUUCCCGUAAAGAUAAUUUCCUGCCGCAUUGACCCAGUCGUUCACAUGGAGAUGACUAAGAAGGCAACGGAAUCAGGUGUAGGUUACGUCUACGAUAAACGCAUGCGUACAUGCCGUUCCGGAGGCAUCAUUCUGCAAGGGUUAAAGUGCAACACCGCUCCACAGCGUGUCACGGAAGAUGUCAUGGUACUCAACGAGCACGCGUUUGUGCCUCAUAUAGACAGUGAGUCUACCAGGCAGAGAAGACAGGCAUACCUCCAAGAAUACAUUGACGCGUGCAGUGGAGCUGCGCAAUGCAUACUACAAAACUACUGCGGUGAAGAAUCCGAAUCUCUCGAAGCUGGGAAAUGCAUUUACAAUGCUUCGGGAGAGGUAACGGAAUACAACCUAAAAAAUAAAGCGGAGAAUCAGGGGCUGCUGAAGACCCUCACUUCCAUUCAAGAAGAAAUGAACCGUUCCGAUCUCUCGCUAGUGCAAAUCAUCCAAUCAGCUAUGGAGACCUACGAGAAAGAACUAGAAAAUGAUGUCAUUAGGACAGCUCUGUUUGAAGAAGAUCCCUUGAGACACCUUCUCGAUGUUGUGGUGGAAAACACUAGCGCCACGAAACUUGAAGUCUGUGAGUUAGUCACCGGAAAAAGUCACUGCAUUCUGUCUUCCCAGUUUACUCAACUUCUUGCUAUGGCAAAAACAAGGCUAAACGUUGACUACACUGUCGCUUUCCCGUCUGACAUUAACUUCACAUCGGUGAAUGUUCCAGAAGGAACCAGUUUACUUCAUUGGGAUCCCUCUGCAGUUCCGAAUAAAAAACUACCCGAAGCUGACUUGCUUGUGGCAUGCCUUACCACGUGGGGAUCCAGCCAGUUAGAAAUUCUAGCUCAACAACUUUCAGUGCAAAGCAAAAAACAAGGAUUCAUCCUGAUUGCCUUGCGCACCGCAGUGACACCUGCCGAGCAAGUUUUAAUGUCUAUGGGCUGCAUUCAACUUCAAGUACACAAAGAAGACGACGUGGAGUCGUUUUUCAACUCUUAUGGGUUCACCGUCAUUGGUCUGAAAUCAAAUAAUUUCACAACACUGCUGCUUCUGAGGAAAACCAAAGGUAUUCUCGAAGAAGCGAAGCCUGAGGUUCUCGAUGUGUCCAGCGACAACUUUCAUUGGAUCGAGGAGCUAAGGCAAAAGCGAUCGAAUACGAGAACAUGCCAGACGGACACACUCUUUGGCUGCUCGCUGAUGACAACGAUACAAGCGGCAUCCUCGGCUUGGCAAACUGCCUCCGAUGGGAGACAGGAAGAAGGCAUCUUAGUUACAAGAAGUCUGUCCUUCUUGCUGCGCUCCAGGGAGCGCGGAUCUUUUGGCGUCAAUGACGCCGCGGUUUUUGGGUCGACCUCCAUCGCCUUCUCCGAGGCGCUGGACGAUCGAGAACUAGGCGCCGAAACGCGUGUCUCGUGUCGUGGGGUCCGGUUCAACUUUGGGCCCUGCGACGCUGCAGUCAGCCGGCCCGUAUUCGAUGAUGAUGGAGCAGCACUGGCAGCUACCACCAAGGUGGCGGAUGGAGUUUCUGCAGGAGUACCGCACGCGGACCCUGUAGACUCCUGA